AUGGCAGUACGCUGGCGCAGUCUUCGUGGAGAAUACUCAUCCACAGAUUCGGGCGCAGAUUCAGGCAAUGUGCGCCUAUCCGAAUUUUCUGCCGGAAGAAGAGAUGCACCGAUCAGUGAGGAGAAGACCGCGUCAACAGCCGUCGUCGUGCCAACAUACAACGAAGCCGAAAACCUGCCAAUGCUGGCUGAGCGGCUUUUUUCGCUUGGCCUUCCCGAUAUGAGGAUCAUCGUUGUGGAUGACAAUUCACCGGACGGAACUGCGGAUGUCGUCCGCAAUCUCAGUGAACGGUAUGAUCAUCGCCUCGAUCUCAUUGAGCGCCCAGAGAAGAACGGACUCGGCACGGCCUACAAAGAAGGUUUCAGGCGCGCCAUCGAGCAGGGUGCCGACUAUGUAUUUCAGAUGGACGCGGACCUCUCCCACGCGCCGGAGUACAUACCGGAGUUUCUCAUGGCGCUGGACAAUGCGGACGUGGUCGUCGGAUCUCGCUAUACGGACGGUGGGGGCGUGGACAAGGAAUGGCGAUUUCGAAGGCACGCCCUUAGCGCGCUUGCGAACUUUGGCAUUCGCGCCAUCGUCGGGCUGACAGUUAAGGAUUCAACCACCGGUUUCAAGGCAUUCAGGGCCGAAGCGCUGGAGGCAAUAGAUUUCGAUAAAUUUCGCUGCAAAGGCUUUGGAUUCCAGGCAGAGGUAGCCUUCGCCUGCCAGCGCAGAGGGCAUCGUGUCGUGGAGUUCCCGAUAACAUUCUACGAUCGCGCGAAAGGUGAAUCCAAGCUGUCACUGGGCAUAAUCUUGGAGGCGCUGUGGCGUCUAUUUCUUUUGCGCUGGCAAAAGAAGAUGUCAUGA